AAUUGGAGCGCACCAACAAAACGUGUUCAGACGACAUGACUUCCUCGUUUCUGCAGCCGCGGGGGCCUGGUGAAGAUCGCGAAACUCACACGUUCCGCGGCGGAGGGAGAUCUCGGGCGGCAGGGUCAGUGAACCUUGAGAGGCAGGCAGAAGGAAGCGAGGGGGCCGGCACAGUUCUCUCCUACAAUCCUCAUAUCAACCUGACGCUUACCCAGCAGCGUCAGCGCCUCCCCAUCUUCAAGUAUCGCAGUCAGAUUAUGUAUCUGACAGAGAAGUACAGGACUGUUGUCAUCAUUGGAGAGACUGGCUCGGGCAAAACCACUCAGAUUCCACAGUAUCUCCACGAGGCCAACUGGACUGGGAAUGGGUACGUGGUCGGGAUAACUCAGCCGCGGAGAGUAGCUGCAACAACUGUUGCCUCGAGAGUUGCUGAUGAAAGAGGCGCGAUGCUCGGACGUGAGGUUGGGUACUCAAUUCGUUUCGACAGCUGUUGCGACCCAAAACAAACCAGAAUCAAGUUCCUGACCGAUGGAAUGCUCGUCAGGGAGAUGAUGAAAGACCCUCUUCUCAAGGACUACAGUGUUAUGAUACUGGACGAGGCACACGAGAGGACGCUGCACACUGACAUCAUAGUUGGCCUCCUCCGUAAGAUUAUGAAGAAGCGGGACGACCUUCGACUCAUUGUCUCGUCUGCUACACUCGAUGCAGAGUUGUUCAAGAAUUUCUUUGAGACAAAUCCGACUCGUGAUUCAUCCAGAGACACCGCAGUCAUUCUGACGGUAGAGGGAAGAGUGUUUUCUGUUCAACCUCGCUACGUCAAGAGACCGGUGGCAAACUAUGUGACUAGUACGGUGGAGACGGUCCUGGCUCUUCACCGAGAGGAACGGAAUGGAGACGUGCUGGCAUUCCUGACGGGGCAGGAGGAAGUCGACACGGCUGUCGCUCACCUCGGGGAGCAUGCAAGUCGGAGUAAUAAAGGUAUGCAGUUGAUGGCAGUGCCUUUAUAUGGAGGUCUUCCUUAUGGUGACCAGCUGAAGGUAUUCCAGCGAGCUCCACCCAACACAAGAAAGGUUGUCGUGGCAACCAACAUUGCUGAGACAUCGGUCACCUUGCCGGGAAUUGUUUUCGUGGUUGAUUGUGGAUUUGUAAAACUUCGCACAUUCUCCCUGACAACCUAUCUGGAAUCCCUGAUGGUAGUUCCUGUCUCGCAGUCCUCGGCCGUCCAAAGAGCUGGAAGAGCAGGGAGGGUUCGUACGGGCAAAGUCUUUCGCCUCUACACUGAGGACUCGUAUGAGAAACUGGAGCAGACGACGGUUCCAGAGAUGCAGAGAAGCAACUUGGCUCCUGUCAUUCUCCAGUUGAAGGCUCUCGGAGUUGAUAACGUUCUCCGGUUCCAUUUUCUCUCCCCACCGCCAGCUGACUCUAUGCUGCAUGCUCUGGAACUGCUGUAUGCAUUGGGAGCAUUGGAUGAUGAUUGUCAGUUGACUCAGCCUCUGGGGCACAACAUGGCUGAGUUUCCUCUCCCACCAAUGUUUGCCAGAAUGCUGCUCACCUCUGACACAUUCGGUUGCUCAGACGAGGCAGUCACUAUAACAGCCAUGUUGCAGGUCCACCAUGUUUUUAACCAGACCUCCAGACAAAAGGCAUCUGCUGAAGCAGCUAGGAGAAAGUUCUGUGUGUACGAGGGAGAUCACAUGACUCUGCUGAAUGUCUACAAGGCUUUUAUUAGAUUCAAUAAGGAUCCGAGAUGGUGCCAACAGCACUUUCUCAAUUACAAAGGUCACUUACAACUAUGGAUGUGUUGACUUUGUUGCGAGUCUGUCUAUUCAUUGUGUGUGUGCGUGUGCGUGUGUGCGUGCGUGCGUGUGUGUGUGUGUGUGUGUGUGUGACGUGACGCCAACUCUAGGACUUUGUCAUGCCGUCAGCAUUCGGGAGCAGCUGAUAAAACUGCUAAAGAGGUUCAAAAUUCCCCUUACUUCUUGCGAAGGUGAUCCUGAGCCAGUCCAGAGGUGUAUUGUGUCCGGGUUCUUCCCGAAUGCUGCUCGACUCCACUACACUGGGUCAUACCGCACCGUGCGAGGUGACCACACCCUUCUCAUUCACCCUUCAUCCAUUCUCCACUCCGAGCGAUCCCCACCAUGGGUGGUGUUCAAUGAAGUAAUACAGACAUCAAAACAGUACAUGAGAGAUGUGACUGUGAUAAAGCCAGGGUGGCUCUACGAGUUAGCUCCACACUUCUACGAAUAUGGCACAGAAAGAGAACUUGCAGAAGCUAAACGGAGAAGAACAGAUGCUAGCUAGCUAUAGCAAUGGUCUUCGUUUUUAGCGCAUGCUGUUACAUAUGUCAAGCGGUUCUGAUACAAACGCAUGCGCGAAUCCUGGUGCGAAGAUGGCUGCUCCGAAAGCCCGCUUUGAACGACUCUUUCGAGCAGCCUGUGCAAAACGUCGCAGUGCCGUCAUAGGAAUGGUUCAUGUUCAGGCUCUCCCAGGCACACCAAAGAGUGGUCUGGAAGUGGCGGAAUUGGUCGACCAGGCAGUGAAGGAGGCCAGACUGUACCGGGAACAUGGUCUGGAUGGAGUAAUUGUCGAGAACAUGCACGACACACCCUACAUCAGUAGUGUGGGGCCAGAGGUUACAGCAUGCAUGACAAGGGUGUGUUGGGAAGUAAGGCAGGCCAUGGGGGGAGAUCUUCCACUUGGUGUUCAGAUACUCUCAGGCAAGCCAGCUGCUACCUCUCUUUCAAAUACUGACUCCACCCCUACCCCUUUCAGAGCAGGAGCUAAUAGGGAGGCGCUGGCUGUUGUGAAGGCAGCUGGGGCAGACUUUGUGAGGGCCGAGGGGUUUGUCUUUUCUCACGUUGGAGACGAGGGUUGGAUGGACUCCUGUGCAGGGGACCUGCUGAGGUAUCGCAAGAACAUUGGAGCUGACAACGUCUUAGUUUUCACCGACAUAAAAAAGAAGCACAGGAUGACCCUUGUGGGCUACCUGAGACAGCCGGUUCGGCUGCUCUGGAACAUUGUAACAUCUCCUGUCUGGAUCACCGGCUCUUUGUCUCUCUACAGCUCGCAUGCAGUCACCUCUGAUCUCUCCAUAUCGGAGGUUGCUAGAGCUGCAGAGUUUUUCUUGAGCGACGGUGUUAUUGUCACUGGGCAAUCGACAGGCUGUCCGGCAAGUCGGCGAGAGGUCACGGAGGUCAAGGAAUCAACGUCACUCCCACUGUUGGUUGGUUCAGGAGUCACCGUGGAGAAUUUGGACGGCUAUUCUGGAGUUGCUGAUGGUAUGAUCAUUGGAUCUUGGUUCAAGGAACACGGGCAGUGGUUUAACCCUCUUGAUCCACACCGAAUUUCAACCUUUAUGGAAACGCUUCUCUCUAGGGUGGUCUAA